AUGGCGGAGGCAUUGACACAAGCGAUAGCCCGCCAAGGGCCGGCGUCCUUCAAGCUGGGAACGAAGGCGGUGUUUUUGCCGAACCAUGUCGUCACCUUCGUCCGCAAGGACAAGUCCCCACCAAAGAUGGCCACCUUCAACGUGCCCCUAACCUUCACAAAGUUCGACAUACGCGACUACCUCUGGAACCUCUACGGCGUCGAGACGACGGCGGUGCGCUCGCAAGUCAAACAGUCGGCCAUUGAACGGCGGUCGACGGGGUCGGGCUACUUCCGCCCGCAGAACACCAAGGUCAUGACGGUGCAGCUCACGAAGCCCUUCGUCUGGCCGACCCCGCCCGAGGACCUCGAGCCGUGGAACAAGAAGCUGUGGGAGGCGCGCGAGGGCGUCUCGCGGGAGCAGUACCGCGGCGAUAUCCGCAAGCAGCUCGGCAAGCUGGCGAACCCGAGCAAGGACAAGGAGUCGUCUGAGAGAAAGUUCUUGCGGAAGCAGGCGGGUAGAAUUUUGAGGGGUUCUGCCGCCGGCAAGUGGGAUAAGGGUGAGGAGAAGGUUGACUUGGACAGCAAGUGGGAUCGGCCUGUGAAGAAGAAGGGCAAGAGGAAUUAG